AUGUCAAAUCAAGAAGGAAUUCAAAAUGCUUAUUGUGACGGAGUUCGUGGUAUGAUCAACUACAUGAUGUACCAACAUGUUCCAAGAUCUUAUGGGCAGCUGAAUGAGUUUCUUCCUCACCACUUGUAUUAUGAUCGAAUCCUUCCUCCAUUCGCUAUGAAAAUGGUUCCGGCAUCCAACAUUUGCAACCGUUUCGUUAUCAAGCGAAGCAUGCGUUAUCGAGAAAAGGCAACACCCACGUCUGCAGUGUGGUUUCCAGACAGUGAUUUUGUUGUGACUUCCCUUAACAAUGGAACGUUAGUAAAGUGGGAUGCUGUAACUUACACACAUAAGGGCCGAAAGAGCGUGUCGAAUACCUCUAUUAACUGUAUGCGACUUAGUCAUGAUGGCCAAUUUAUUAUUGCAGCGGGAGAUAAUGGAAAUGUCUUUUACCUGACAAAAGCUCUUACAGAAAGCUGCCCUCUUAAAAAUGACCAAGAAAGCAUUCUAGCUUGUGCCAUUUCGGCUCGAGACAACUAUGUCAUCACGGGAGGCGACAACAAAUAUAUCAAAGUGUGGAAAAUUGCAGCCAAUGAAAUCACAUUCGAGCGCAAUCUCGGCGAACUGCAGAACAGCGUCACUUCUGUGGAUGCCAGCGGUGUGGGCAGCCUGGUUCUCAGCGGAUGCAAAGACGGUUCGGUCGGCGUGUGGGACCUCCGCACUCGAAAGUCCCUGAAGCGUCUAACGGACAACGACGAGCAGAUCAACGUCGUGCGGUUCUGUCCCACCAACGAGAAUUACUUCAUAACCGCGGGGAAGGGCCGCACAAUCCGCCUAUACGACGCACGCACCUUCUGCCAGCUUCGCAACUUCCGAGGGCACAACUACGACAUAACGGCGUUGGCUUUCAGUCCCGAGGAUGGAACGGUGUUUGUGUCCGGCGACUAUAACGGCCAUUUGAACUACUGGUCGAUCUACAACGAAUUGCCGCUCUACACGGCGACCAAGGCACACGACAGAUCCAUCAAAGACAUCUGCUUCUCUCCGCUCUCGCUCGCGAUGGUCUCGUUAGGGUUCCUUCUCUCUGCCUUUUCUCAUCCAGAGAUGACAACUAUAUCAAGUUCUGGCAGCGAAAUCGCCCCGGAGACCGCGAAGAAUUGGUGGCUUCGAACUUCGCCACCUUCCGAAGUGGUUCCAAUGAGUCGAAACAUCGACUAUUCCACCAACGAGUCGUUUAAAAUCGACCUGAUGAUCCCUUCCAUCGGCAAAAUCGAUCAGGGUUGGAUCGGUUCGCUUCGGUGA